UUUGUUGGUUUGUACGCGCAUCUUAUGGGUUUAAUAACUGUGCAUCGAAUAACUUGGGAUACUGAACACCUCUAUGUUGUGAAAAGUGGUGCAAACAGAAACGAUGUUUUUAAGGGCUUGUUCGAGGACGCACGUUUGACGAGCUGUGAAAGCUUUGAUGAGUUGAAUAGACAUGUUCGACUGGAAUGCUCAAGUCUUGUGAAUCAGAUUGAGGCCGGUGGGAAUGAACAAACAACUGUGAGGCUGUUCGACGAUCUAUCAAAUACAAUAUGUAAAGCAGCAGAUCUUGUAGGUUGUAUUUCUGUGGAAUGCGUGCGACAGCUUCACAGUGACCAGUCAUAUGUAAAAGCCGCACAGAAAAGUGCUCGGGACUUUUGCGAGCUUGUCGAAAGUCUCAAUACUUCCACUACUCUUUACCACGCACUGAAGAAUUCCAAGGAAAUUGAAGCUGACCGACUUGACGAUGUUGAUCGACGUACCAUAGACUUAUUCUUGAAUGAAUUUGAACAGUCUGGUGUACAUCUUCCAGAGGAUAAGGAGGAAGAACUGCGAAAACUUGUGUGUUACCGAGACGAACUCGCAAGGCUCACUGGUUAUCGCUCGUAUGCUCACAGGGCGCAAGAUAACACCCUUCUGGGUUCGUAUGAGAGCGCACAUGAUUUCUUAUGGGGUGUUGUGCAGGCGUGUCGACCUUCUGCAGAACGAGAACUAGCAGUUUUGAUGGACAUCCAGUCUCAGUGCUCUUCAUUUAUUAGUGGUAUUGGCGAAUGGGAUUUACACUACCUUUCCCAAAUCUAUAAGGAACGUGCUUACGGUGAUAUUCAUUAUCGCGAAAUGAAUAAAUUUCUAACCCUCGGAAACCUAUUAAAUGGUCUCACCAAUCUCGUUAAUCGGUUAUAUGGAGUGCGAAUUGAAGAGCAGGAGAUAAGACGGGGAGAAAUCUGGUCUGGUAAUGUUAUUAAACUGGUAGGUAACUUCAACACAAGACCAACGAAAUCUUUUGGCGACUGUCAUUUUACCGUACGCUGCUCGAAACAGUUAAGAGAAGACAGCUGGCAAACUCCAAUAGUUGUACUGUCGUUGUCGGUCUGCGACGAGAAUGACGCAAACUGGAGGAAUAUUCAGGUUCAUUUGCAAAGAGCUGAGAAUGUAUUCCACGAAAUGGGUCAUGCUAUGCAUAGUAUGCUAGGCAGAACAAAGUACCAGCAUGUAGCAGGCACUCGAUGUUCACAAGAUUUUUCGGAAAUUCCAUCUAUUCUGAUGGAGUAUUUCUUCAACGACUUAACAGUGAUGAGAACAAUCCUUUGUAAUCCAGAUGGUGAAUGUAUACCAGUUGAAGAUGCUGCUUCUAUGAUAGCGUCUCGAUUUGCCUUCUCAUCCUUGGAAAUAUUGCAACAGGCGUCUUAUGCGUUGUUCGACUUAGAACUACAUGCUCCAGAUGCAUCACGGUUUCUUCGUGAAGGUCGAAUCACUACUACUGACCUGUUUCAUUCGAUUGUUACCAAGGCACUGCCGCAUCUCGACCGUCAAAAGGACUCAGCUUUUCAGCACAGGUUUCACCAUUUGGUACAGUACGGAGCAAAGUACUAUGCUUACUUAGUAGCCAGGUCAGCUGCAAGUCUGAUAUGGAACUCGAAAUUCAGAGACUCACCUUUCAGUAGGACUGAAGGAGAGAAAUGGAUGGAGGUCCAAUCAUAUGGUGGGGGUUUGCCGUCGGCAGUUUUACUAGAAACUAUGCUAGGAUACAAUCCAACUCCGGAACAUUUUAUUGAGGCACUCAAACAAGAGACAUCUCAUCUUGCGAAUCUUGGUGCUGUUAACGUGUAG